CGACGGGAGAACUGUAGUUGAGACACGUCUUGCUGUUUGUCUUUGAAGAUAGAAUAUAGGGAACUAAGCUCCCAGAGUCUCUGCACACUGAUAUGGCUGCUGCCAGCAGUUCACUGUCUAAAGAUCAGUUUCUGUGCUCCAUCUGUCUGGAUGUGUUCACUGAUCCAGUCAGCACACCAUGUGGACACAACUUCUGCAAGAACUGCAUCACUGAACACUGGAAUAUUAAUGUCCACUAUCAGUGUCCCAACUGUAAUAAGGUUUUCGACACAAGACCUGAGCUGCAGGUCAAUACUUUUGUCUCUGAGAUGGUUUCUCACUUCAGACAGUCAGCUCAACAGAGAGCCAGCAGCUCAGAGCAACAAGCUGCUGAACCAGGAGACGUUCCCUGUGACGUCUGCACUGGACCCAAAGUGAAGGCCCUGAAGUCCUGCCUGGUGUGUCUGGUCUCCUACUGUGAGACUCACCUGGAGCCUCAUCUGACAGCGUCAGGCCUGAAAAGACAUCAGCUGAUCGACCCUGUGGAGAACCUGGAAGGCAGGAUGUGUAUGAAGCACGAUAAACUGCUGGAGCUGUUCUGUAAGACCGACCAGAUGUGUCUCUGCAUGCUCUGCACAGUUUUGGAUCACAAGUCACAUGAUUUUGUGCCUCUAAAAGAAGAAUAUGAAAGAAACCUGGCCAAGCUUGGAUGGACAGAGGAUGAAAUUCAGCAGAUGAUCGAGGAGAGACGACUCAAGAUUCAAGAGUUCAAACAUUCAGUCAGUGUCAGCAGGGAAAAUGCAGACAGAGAGAUAGCAAUCAGAAAUCAUGUCUUCACCAAGCUGAAGGAGGCUAUUGAGAGAAACCAGGCCAAACUUAUUGAGUCGACUGAAGAAAAGCACAGAAUGACAGAGAAACAGGCUGAAGGCUUCAUCAAAGAGCUGGAACAGGAAAUCUCUGAGCUGAAGAAGAGAAGCGCUGAGCUGGUGCAGGUCUUAUUCUCAGAAGACCACCUUAACCUCGUCCAGAAUUUUCCAUCUCUGGAUGCUUCUCCGCCCACCAAGAACUGGACAGAGGUCAAAGUCUGCCUUCCUUCAUAUGAGGUAACUGUGAGGACAGCUGUUGAUCAGUUGGUGGAGAUGCUCAAAAAUGAGAUGAAGAAGCUUCUCACAAACAUUGAGUUAAAGACAGUCCAGCAGUAUGCAGUGGACAUCACACUUGGUCCUGAUACAGCACAUCCCCGACUCAUCCUGUCUGAAGAUGGGAAACAAGUACAUGAAGGUGGUGUGAGGAAGAAUCUCCCAGAAAACCCAAAGAGAUUUUCUCUUGGUCUCUGUGUCUUGGGGAAGCAGUUUGUUUCUUCAGGAAGAUUUUACUUUGAGGUUCAGGUGAAAGGGAAAACUAAAUGGGGUUUGGGAGUUGCCAGAGAGUCAAUCAACAGAAAGCAGUUACUCAGUGUAAGCCCUCAGAAUGGUUACUGGACAAUAGGUUUGAGGGAUGAAAUUAUCUCCCAUUCUCUUACUGGGUCAUUGGUCCCUCUCCCUCUGAAGUUGAAGCCAGAGAAGGUGGGGGUGUUUGUAGAUUAUGACGAGGGUCUGGUCUCCUUUUAUGAUGUUGAUGCUGCAGCUCUCAUCUACACCUACACUGGCUGCUCCUUCACUGAAAAACUCCACCCAUUCUUCUCUCCCUGUGCAAAUCAGGAUGGUAAAAACUCUGCCCCUCUGAUCAUCUGUCCUGUCAACCCUACUUAGUGGAAUGAUGUCGUUUUCUGCAGACAGACUCACUUUGAGAUGAGAUAAGAUAAGAUAGAACUCUCUUCAUACCAAAGGAAGUGUUUGUAGUUUUCACUUCUUGAUGUAACAGAUCCCAUAAUUUAGUAGUAAUUUGCAAUGUUUGUUUGUUUUCUUCUGGUUAUAAUUAACAGUAAUUCUGCCGUCUGUAUUAUCACAACAUG